AUGCAACCGGUAAGGCAGCCGCGGACCUUGAAGAAGAAAAAGUUUACUGAGAAGAUCCCUUCAAACGCUAGUAAAAAGGCGAAAUGCGACAAGAAAAUCCCAAAAUGUCACCGUUGUCAGCAAUCCGGAUCUCGUUGCGUCUAUCCCACUCAUCGAAAACGCACAACGCUCGAGACGAAAUAUCAAAGCCUCCGACGAAAGCUGAUGGAAUCAAACCAAGGGGAUGAAUUGGAAGGGUUACUGGAUAAUGUCGAUCUUAAUGUUUUACGUGGUGCUCUGCAGCGUCGAGAGCAACAGGCAGCAACCGCGACGACCGAGUCAGGAUCCUCCCCAUCUGAUGAGAAUGCGGCUCUGGAAGGUCGAGACAAUACGGAAUACCAGCAGCAGCAGCAGCACGCACAGGAUAUGUCACUGUCAAUAUCAUCCUUACCGCUGUCGAUGGUAUCAGACACACCGACUUUGCCGACCGUCCUGUCCCUAAACGACGGUUCGGUCCCAGAUCACUUACACAUUGAUGGGCAACACAGCAGCCCGUCACACGACUCUAACAACUGGCUUGGGAAUAUGACCUUCAGUCCCUUCACAGACAGUUAUGGAAUGUUCAGUCUCCUCAAUUCAAGUGAGCGCUAUGGUGACGGUUGGUCAGGUUCUGCCCACAGUCACUCUGAAGACAUGAACCUUGCAGACCGGAAUCCUUGUACACUCGCAUAUCCACCUGCUUUAAUAGAUGAACUUUCGAAUUUGGAUACCCCCUCCAGAAUUGACCUGUUCUUUUUACGUGUGCAACCAUCUAUUCCUAUUUUCCACGAACCGAGAUUUCGCCAAAAGUUCAAUGUCGGCGGCAACAACAAUAAAAACGACAGAUACGCGCGGCUGGCGAUCGAGGACGCGUUGAUUUUGACCGCCAUGAUGGCCUUGUCUGCGAGGUUCUCGACCAAUGAAUUCUUCCCAUCCACAGCGUCCAAGGAUAAAGGCAAAGUUUUCGCCCGAAAAGCAAACGCCCUCUAUGCGGAAGCGCUCCAAAGUGACGAGCGAGGCCUCGACGAAGGGAACGAAAUCUCUCUCGGAUUCCUGCAAGGGUGCAUCCUCCUGGCGUUCUACGAGCAGACAAACAGGAUCACGACCCAGAGCUGGCUCCUCAUAGGCACUUGCUGUCGACUGGCAAUCGACCUGGGGCUUAACGAGUUGGACAAGGAUGUCUUCAUCGCCGACGAAGUUGCAGGAUCCACGGCCCCACCAGGCGAGGAGCAUAACCAGCAGCGUCAGGGCCAACAACAGCAUCAGCACCAGCACCAGUAUGAUGCAGCACAAGAGUCGUGGGUGCAGACAGAGGAGAAGCGACGGGCGUGGUGGCUUGUUUGGGAGCUAGAUGUGUUCGCCGCGACGAUCCUGCGCCGCCCGCACGCCAUCAACAAGGACCAAAUGCACGUCUUGCUCCCCGUAUCGGACGUGUCGUGGUUCUCUGAGACGCCGACCGAGUCCAUCCUGCUGCAGACCGACUUCUUGCACGAAUGGCAGACACUGGAGAGCUGUCCCAGCGCGGACGAACGGGCAUGGUUCCUCGUCACGACGCUUCUGAUGGCCCGAGCAGCCGACCUCGCCUCCCCAGAGAAACCCUUUACCUUGCAGGAUAUUGUCAACUUCGGGUCGACAUUGAAUUGCUUCUCCCUCCUCCUUCCCCAGGGCUUCCAACUCGACUUUGUGCGCACCCCCUUCAACGAAGAAAACUUUGCGGCGAAUAACUGGGCGCUUUCCACCAUUUUCAUGCUCCACACUGCACGGGUCCUAGUCCGAAACGCACAGUAUAUCAAGUCUCAGAAUGGGCUACAAAGCCCCGCCGUCGUCGCCUCACUCCCCACGGGCCCGCACAAUGAUACUUACCUCGUUUUCCGCGCCAUGGAGGCCUGGCCACCCGAGUACCUCAUCUACGCAUGUCCGUUCGUUUCGUGCACCAUUAUCGGCCCGGCCUUUGACAAUAUCCGAGCCGCACUGCUCUUCGAGCCGGGCGGCCAUGGAAACUACCUCUCCAUGUUGAAGCUCAUUCUCAAGAGGAUCGGGGCGUUCUGGGGUAUUGGAGAGAGUGCAUUGAGACUGGUUGAGAUCUUCGAACACGAAAUCAAAGUCAAUGGCUCGUUCCGCAAACAAGCGUUCCAGAAGUACGCAAAGGACUUUUCGUUGCUGGUUGCUGAUCCGGCGAGGAAUGCGUGA